AGGAGAGGAGCCGCCACAGAUUGCUGCCGCUUCGCCGCCGUGCCGCCGCUGUACCGCCGCUGUACCGCUACUGUACCGCCGCUGUACCGCCGAGCCUCGCCGGCGUUCCACGCGCACAGAGAGGCGGCUUCAGGCGAUGGAGCGGGAGGGGAGUCCCGCCCCCUAGGAGAGUCCGGCCGCCUGAGGGACACCCCCAGACAUGCAGCUGCACCCCCACGCCUGCAGCCGGCCCAUCGAGGGGCUGGGGCGCCCCGAACUCACCGCUCCCUUCCCCCGGCCGGCGUCCUUUGCGGGCGCGUCCGUCUACAGCGCCGUCCAGCAGCAGGACUACUCCUCCGGCGUCUGGCUCCGCAGGAGGGACAAACUCGAGCACUCUCAGCAGAAAUGCAUUGUGGUCUUUGCACUGGUCUGCUGUUUUGCCGUUCUGGUGGCCUUGAUAUUCUCCGCCGUGGACGUUUGGGGAGACUAUGAGGACGGCAUCACUGAGGAGAACUGCAGCAGGGACUGCCGGAUAGUUCUGGUGGAGAACAUUCCGGAAGACCUCACCUUUUCUGACAAUGGUACCACCAGCCUCCCUUUCGUGGUUGGCUUGCACUCCCUUUUGGACCGGGCCAGUCGCUCUGUGGAGAUUGUCUCUUCUGAUUGGGCCCUGAACUCCUCAGAUGAGUCCAGUCCUCCCGCAGACAAGCAGGGCCAGCUCCUCCUACAGCGACUCCUCAGGCUCAAAUCCCGGCAUGUGGAUCUGAAGGUGGCCAGCGGCCUGGUCGACUCUGCUGACCUGAGGGCUCUGUCUGAGAGCAAUGCAGAGGUGCAUUACCUGAAUAUGACGGCUCUAACCAAAGGACAGUUCCACUCCUCUUUCUGGGUCGUGGAUAGGAAGCAUAUGUACAUCGGGAGCGGGGGCAUGGACUGGCGCUCGCUAUCUAAGGUGAAUGUUCGACAGAUGAAGGAGCUGGGGGUGAUCAUCUAUGACUGCAGCUGCCUGGUGCUGGACCUGGACAGGAUAUUUAGCCUGUACUGGCAGCUGGAGUAUAAGGACUACAUUCCCUCCAUCUGGUCCAAGAGGGUGACGGGCCUGUACAACAAGGACAACGCCCUCUCUCUGCUCCUCAACGACAGCAGCGCACGCGCCUUUGUGUCUAGCUCUCCGGAUCUCUUCUGCCCAAAAGAUCGGACGAGAGACAUCGAUGCCAUUUACCGUGUGAUCCUGGAUGCCAAGAGGUUCAUCUACAUCUCCAUCACAGACUACCUGCCGCUGGUCAAGAGGAGCUCACACAGCAGGUACUGGUCUCUGAUUGACGAGAUGCUGCGGGAGGCGCUGAUCCUGCGGGGAAUCAAGGUGCGGCUGCUGAUCAGCUGCUGGAGGCACACCAACCCCCUCACCUUCAACUUCGUCUGGUCCCUCAAGACCCUCUGCAUGCAGCUGCCCAACUGCACCCUGGAGGUGAAAUUCUUCAGCCCCAGAGAGUUUAGGAAUGGCACUGUGCAAGGAAUCAACCACAACAAGUACAUGGUGACAGACAGUGCAGUGUAUAUUGGGAACUUUGAUUGGGUGGGAAACGAGUUUGCAUAUAACGCGGGGGCGGGGCUAGUCAUCAGCCAGACUGAAGAUCCGGAGGGGAGGGCUGUCACCAUCGUGGGGCAGUUGAAGGCCGCGUUCGAGAGGGACUGGUACUCCCGCUACACCAAGAGCCUCCAGGCCAACAAGGUUCCGGAGUGCAGCAAGAGCCGGGUCAGCCUCCCGCCCCCCCUCAAGACCCGCCCGGAGAGCAGAGAGAGCAAGGAGACCUCCAACGCCUCCCUCUGAUCUCACCUUACGCCCGGCCUCGUCUGAAAGUCAUGUUCCCUUUAAGCUGUGACCUUUGACCCUGCAGGGCUUGACCGCUGACCUCCUUUAGUUGUUCUGAGACUCGAAGGUGCCUCAGGCUCUGUUCCUUCUGUUUGGGUCACGGAUGAGACCUGUGCCAAACCGGACCUUUCCACAGAACACCGAGUCAUGGUUCCAGGGCAAAAACCUGGCUUUGGAGUGUAUUUCGCGGGUUCACAUUGCUGUAGGCUACUUAUUGUGAAAGAGGCUUUUUUUUCUAUGUAGCGUCAGUUCAUUAUUCACACGGAGUGCUUUAAACCCAUGGGCUCCUCAGCACAGUGAUAGAUUCUCUCCAAACGUCGGCUUGGAGACUCAUUCACGGUCAUCACAGAAACCUAAAUCAGCAGCACCGUUCCAUGAAAUACCCACACACAUUUCCCUCAGGACAGGGUGAACAGAAAAUAAGCAUAAGACAGUGAUUUUUAAACAACAAUACUGCUGCAAUAUAGCAUAGUGUGUAUUGUUCUAUGGGAUAUAUCUCUAAAAAUAUUGUAAAAACAGCUUCCAGCAUAACAGUCAUGGCCUGCCUUUGUUCACAUAUUUUCUAGGUCCCUGUAGUGCCCACUUUUACACCAUUGUAGAAUACAUUAUUGGAUGGAUAAACAUGACAAGGCUUUCCUUGCUUAAAAUUUGAGAUCUGGUUUAUACAAAUUCUCUAAAAGCACACUUAGAUUAAACGGGUAAAAUGACCUUUUGUCAUUACAUUCAUGGCCUUGGAGUUUAAUUUCAGUCAAAACUCGCUCCUGAAUCUCCUGAAUUUGCCUUUUAUUGCAGGACAGAGGUGCUACCUUUGUGUUCCCAGCAAAGCAUUUAUGUCCAAUUCAGUCAUCGUCAAAACCCCAGUACAUUUCAGUCAUCAACAAAGGCACAGUCCAUUUUAGUCAGCAAAACACCAGGCCAUUUCAGUCAUCAACAAAGGCUCAGUUCAUUUUAGUCAGCAAAACCCCAGGACAUUUCAGUCAUCAACAAAGGCUCAGUCCAUUUUAGUCAGCAAAACUUCAGUCCAUUUUAGUCAUCACCAAAACAUCUGUACAUUUCAUUCAUUGCCACACACUAUUACUGUAUGGAGCCCUGAGUGUGGUAGUACUGUUAGGUCAGACAAUGUAUUGCACAUGUAAACUGUCAGCCAAAGAUAGUGGAGUGAUUUUGUGCAGUAAGGAGGUACAGCAAUAGCCCUAAAAUACCAGAGUUUCAUGGGUCACACAAAAUGACGACCAAUCUCACGCGCACACACAUCCAGCUCCUAAAAGCUCAAACAUUUCCAUUAAAAUAAUUCCUGGCAUUUUGGCAUCUGAGAUGGUGUACUGAACCUGGUGCAUUUUUUUAAAUUGAGGCUCUAUUGCUAUAUUUCUAAAAUGGAAAUGCCAUAUAAAGGUCUCUACUUUGAGCACUGGCUAAGGAACAGUCAAAAUAAUGACACUCAAAAUAAUGUAUAAUAAGGUCAAAUAAGCUUUAAACACUCCAAAUAAAAGUAACUGUAAAAGGCGUUAAAGGGAUGUGUAAUACAUUUGCAGUUAGUGUGUGGAAUUAAUUUGGGGAAGGCAGAGGUUCUAUCCCUGACUGUUGGAUUCCCGGAGAGGUACUGCUGGGAUGGGUAAACUGUGUUUAUCUUUCUCCCUCAUUUUCAGUUGAAGACCUUGAUUUUUCUGAGUGAAACGUGUUUACUGCCAAACCGUUCUUUAAAAUAUUUCACAAAGUAAUGAUUUUUAAAAUCAAAUGUCACAUUGCGUACAAAUUGAUUCUCCAUCCCUGUCCCUUAUUUUCGAAAUAUGAUUUGGCGCUGGUGGGCGCUUUUGCUUUUAUAACGGCAGUAGUUUUGCAGGGUGUUAAAGUGCACGUCUGUUUAUCGGGUGAUUUAUUUUACAAUGAAACAUAAACAGACUGAUCAUAAAUGCAGGCCUAUUAAUCUAGAUUGCAUGAAUUGUGCAUGGUUUUAUUUUUAAAAAACUGUACUCUUACGUAAAGUAACUGCCAUGCAAACACCUGUCCGUUUACAUAGUAUCAACUAAAGACUAGACUAGUUGUACAUAUACAUAUAUAUCACAGAAUGAAUCAAUACAGGGAAGGUAAUGUUUGUAUUAUGAAAUCACCACAACAAAAUGUCUGCCCAUUUCAAUCACAUCAGACCUAAUCUGAUAUCUGUGCAAUGAGAACAGCUAAGUUCUACUAAACUGAUGCACAACAUAUACUACUCUUUCAGAACCUAUGUGACAAUGUUAAAGAAACACAAUGCAAAAAAAUUCAGAACUUUGAAAUGGUUAUACGUGAAAGACCUGUGCUGAGAAAUCACCGAUUAUAGCAGGGAAAUCAUGGCAUUGAACACAUUUUUUCUGAUGCCUUAAUUUUUCUCCUAUUAAAGUACUGUUUUCCAGAAAGUGGUUUAUAUGUUGAUAUCCCAGAGUUCAGGACAGGACCAGUUCAGUUCAGUUAAUUCAUUGAAAAAUCCUCAUUCAAACAUUAGGAGCACAUUCAGUUCAUGAAUAGAAUGAAUUUCUGGAAUGGACUAAACUGAAACAGAAGAAAGCUCAAACAUUGAUAGACACAUUGAUAUUUAUCUGUGUUACGUGCAGUCCUAUUUGCACCCAUAUUUAAUAUAUAGCUUUUAUGUGAUUAUGGUAAAAAAAAAUUACACUGAUUGUACGUUUUCUCUCUUAUUGGUUGUUCCGAAAGCCUAUGUAUUGAAAAGAAAAGAACAUUAGGCUUUGUUUCUGGAUCUUGUUCUGACCAAAAACUUUUUAUUUAUUUGUUUUUUACAUUUGUAUGUGCUUUUUAACAUCAGAUACAAACUAUAAUGUUAUUUUGUAAACCACAUCUUUCUUGAAAGAAAGAAUAUCUUUUUAAAUGACAUUCUUAGUACUGGUAUUUUCUACAUUCGUGUUUUCACAUUUUUAUAUAAAGUAAAACCAUGUAUUUUUUCCCCCCUCUCACUUUUGUGUUGACCAAUAUAACCACUAGCUUUCUUUGGAACAAAGUCAUUUGCUGUUUCAUAUUUUAUCAGACAAAAAUGUGUCUUUUCUUGAUCACAUGCCUUGGAAUGUAGUGUCGUAGCUGCUGAUCUGAUUACAUGCAGGAAAUGUAUUAAUGACAAGCUCUUCCACAGAAGUGCCAUGCAGGAGUGGUGUUUCAAUAUUGAAUUGAUAUUUUAUAACUGAAGAACGCUUUGUACAAACAUUUUGGUAUGUUUCAUGCCAUUUUAACUGGCCUACUUUUGGGCAGAUGGCAUUUCUAAGGGUCAUCACAGAUCAUAAUUGUUUAAUAUCAUCAGAACUGUCUAAAAGAUGUUAGAUCAGGGGAAAAAUCUUCUCACCCAAUCAGUGUAAGUCAGCCAUACAAACUUGCUGUCACUUUAAAAUGUUAACUUUAGAAUAUUCUGCAAAGAGCAGUAUUUUUUCAUAUAAUAAUAAUAAUAAUAAUAAUAAUAAUAAUAAUUCUAGUAUAUAUUCUGUGAUACAUAGUAUAGAUUAUCUUCCAUAACCAUAUAGGAUGUACACAGUAGUUUGACUAUUGACACCAAGCCAGUCAAAGUUGUAAUAGACUUAAAUAUUAUUGCUGGGUGGUGUUCCUUGACAGCUGGCAUAUGAUCUAAUAAUGUGGCUCACCAGUGCCACCUUGAGUUGUAACAAAAGCAUUGUCCCCAGAAUAACUCCAAUGUAAGAAAUAUCACAGAAAUUUGCAAAAUCAUUAGGCUUUCCUUGCCAUGUUCAAAGUCAACCAUUGAAAGUCAGGCUACUGGAAGUGAUGGCGUGCAUGUGUGUGUUUUCAUUUUAUUGGUCCAUUUUGUCUGAAUAGUAAUCAUAGCAUUCUUCACUUAUGUAUCAAUAUGCCUCGGUCCUAACGAGCUCCAAAGUAAAUAUCUCUGGUCUUCGUAAACUAGCCUUGAACCUUUAAGUAUGACUGAGAAACAAAUUAUUAAAGGUCAUGUGACAGAAUGUACGAUUCCUGUCCAAAGGUAACCCAUCAUAUUACAGCGCUUCCAUUGGACUGCUGCCAGAUUGUGAUCUUUGGAUUUUAUUGAUGUGCCAUUUUGGGUCAUAUGUGUGCUUAAUAAAUAAGAGCACUGCACAUCUGUCCUUUCCAGGGGACAGUGAUGGAUUUUGUGUACAGAAUAUAAUAGAAAUUUUGCUGCUGAGGGUUGUAAGGUUGAGAUUACUGGUGUGUGUGUGUCUUGGUUUCAGUGCUCUGGGGCUUGUCACUCCAUUGCUUUGUUCUGUUCACUUAAUGGUGUCCACUUGCUGGUGGACUGCCCUUACAAAAAAAAAUGUAACGUGUCAAUAGAUGAACCAUUGCCCCUUCCAUAUCUUACAUGGCAUGUAUAUAUUGUAGAAUGCAUUGCACAAUUGCACAUAAUAUAUUGUGCGAUAUAUGCAUAACAUUUAAUAUACAAAAGUAGCAAAAGGUAUAUAUACUUUUGCAAUAUGUGUCACGUUUUGACGUAGAAUACAGAAUAUAUGCCUUAUAUUUGUAUUAGAAAGAUUUACCUAUUUUGACAUAUAUUAAAUUUUUAAUAGAGGCAUAGACUCCCUGAGAUGAUUUUACACUUGAAUGCAUUGAUUGCUAUGCAUUUUGAAUGCUUAAAUAUGGUUCUUACUAAUUUAUCUGUAGCUAACUAUCAAACCUGGCAUGCUACCUGUUUGCAUGGCCUGCCUUUAGCAACUACAACCCUGGCUGAAGCCUUUUUGCAAUAUAGUGGAUUUUAAACUGCAACGCAAAGUAAAUUUAUUAUAUAAUCUUCUGAAUGCUUAUUAACUAUGUUGAUAUGUUCACUUUUUACUGGACUCUUAAUAAACGAACAUUAUUUAAUGAA